AAAAAGAGAACAACUAGCGUAGAACCAGUGCAGUGGUGUAGCAUCUGAGCAAAUUAGUAAGUAGAGAAAAAUAAAGAAGAAAGAAUGGCGGCGACGAAAGAGGGAAAGGGGGUGGUAAUCCAUACCAAAGAGAGAAGAGGGAUCAGAAUUGAGAAUCCGUUUAAUUUGAAGGUGGGUCAAGUUUUCACUGGCUUCGGCAUUGGUUGCGGCUUGGGUAUUGGCGUCGGCCGCCCUUUAAACUUAGGUGCAAUACCGGUCCUCAACCAAGUCAUGAGUGCCACUAGAGGUGCAACCGAUGCCUUUUCUGGUGUGCAAAGACAUAUCAAUACUUCUUUGAUAAAAGUGGGCGCAAAGAACGUUCAAGUGGGUGUUGGCUGUGGAGUGGGUUUUGGCCAUGGAUUUGGAGUUGGCCUUGCUGUGAAGCCUGGUGUGCUGCAUCAACUUCAGUCACAAGCUUUACAAGUGGCAACAUAUGUGAUGACAAAACUCGGAAUCGAUUCGAGUUCGAACCUGUCUGUUACUCAAGGAAUAAUCCCAGCAUCUUUACAAUCUGGAAUGACCAUGGUUAAGGAAACUUCACAUGAAAAUCCCGGGGGAAGUAUUAUUAGUAAAUUGGUAAAACCAGUAUCAAACAGUACAUUUGAAGGCAACAUUAGCGAUGCGAAAGGUGCGGUGGUGUCUCUGGAUGACACUUUAGCAGCAAAAAGUGCUGCAAUAAACACAGAAUACAGCAGUCGAACAGAGGCGGUCCUUAACAACUUUUUGAAAAGUCCACUUCUCAAAGAAGAAGGGAGCUCGCUCAAUGAACAAGCUAAGACACUGCAGUUGGAGAAAAAUGUGCUUCAAAUGGUGUUGAAACACCAGAUGCUGAUUGAGGAGCUGAUGCAAGAAAACGAGAAGCUUCGCCAAAUAUUAGUCGAAGAAUUGAAAGUCAAACCUGGCAAGCUCCAAUCUAGCUUCACAACUAGGAGUAAGUCCUCUUCAUGUACUGAAUGUUUUGAAUGCCGUAGAAAACAACGAAAACGGGGUUGAAACUAAUACACUAGUAUUAACCAAUUUUUGUUUAUUUUUUGUCUCAAAAAUAUAAGUCCAUUCUUU